AGUGUGUUUUUUGCUUCUACAAGAUUCGGUAUUCAAACCGCCUAGACAUUCUAACAGAAACUACUGAAAAUCUUUCAAAAUCAAAAUGAAGACCCUAAUUGUGUUUGCCGUCGUAGUCGCUCUGGCCCUGGCCGCUCCGUUGGAUGACUCCAAAACCGCUCAAAUCCUGCGAUACGAGAACGAUAACAUUGGAGUUGAUGGAUACAAAUGGGCCUUUGAGACCAGUGACGGUAAGGCCCACCAGGAGCAGGGAGAGCUGAAGAAAUUUUCUGAUGAAGUCGCAGCCCUGGUCGUUCGUGGAUCGUACUCGUACACCGGCGAUGAUGGACAGGUUUACACCGUGAACUACAUCGCCGACGAAAACGGAUUCCAACCGGAAGGCGCUCAUCUGCCGAAGGCUUAAGACUCUGAUAGCAACAAUCAACAAGCCGCUCUAAAGUCGCACACCAGCAACAGUUUCGUCGAUGAUAGGAUGCUACGACGCUAAGAAGAAUAACCUCCACCAGAGAAGCAACUGAAAAUACUCAAAUGAAUCUAAGUUUCAUGCUUGUAAAGUGUACAGAUUAAAGAUUUUUUAAUUUUUGUAAAUAGAACCUUUGGUUUAUAUCCGCUUCAAGACGGUUUUGAACCAUACUUGAAUUACCUCAGGUUACCAUACUCGCAGCGAGAUAUGCCGUGCCACUAUAAAGAAAACAAAAAAACUACAAGAAAGCAAUCUUUGUACGAACGCCGACUGCCAUAUUUUUACGUCGAAUAAAAAAACCCCUAAGUGUACCGUGAACACAUAAA